GGUACGCCGCUUCAGCGAGGGGCUCGCCCGCAGCCACUCGGCCUGCUGCUUUUGUGGGCGCCACUCCUCCGGCCCCCCCAGACGUGACGCGCCGGUAGCGCAGCACCGAUUCCUCUCGUGCUUUUGGGCGCUGCUCUGAGCAGCGUCACCCUUUAUACCAGAAAACUGGCGGGCACUAUGGGGAAGAAACAAAACAAGAAGAAAGUGGAGGAGGUGCUAGAAGAGGAAGAAGAGGAAUAUGUGGUGGAAAAAGUUCUCGACCGUCGAGUGGUGAAGGGCAAAGUGGAAUACCUCCUCAAGUGGAAGGGGUUCUCAGAUGAGGACAACACGUGGGAGCCAGAAGAGAACUUGGAUUGCCCUGACCUCAUUGCUGAGUUCUUACAAUCACAGAAAACAGCACAUGAGACAGAUAAAUCAGAUGGAGGCAAACGCAAAGCUGACUCUGAUUCUGAAGAUAAGGGAGAGGAGAGCAAACCAAAGAAGAAGAAAGAAGAGCCAGAAAAGCCUCGAGGCUUUGCCCGAGGUUUGGAGCCGGAACGGAUUAUAGGAGCUACAGACUCCAGUGGAGAGCUCAUGUUCCUGAUGAAAUGGAAAAACUCUGAUGAGGCUGACCUGGUCCCAGCCAAGGAAGCCAAUGUCAAGUGCCCCCAGGUUGUCAUAUCCUUCUAUGAGGAAAGGCUGACGUGGCAUUCCUAUCCCUCAGAGGAUGAUGACAAAAAAGAUGACAAGAAUUAACUCUCUUGAGUACCGGCCCCUGUCACAUCUGACUGUGGGUUUCAAGGGGGGCGGGAAGGAGUUCUACUUGUCCUGACACCAUAGAAGUGGCUUGAGAAGAUGUCCUUUGAAGAGCCAGUAUCGUUUCUGUGCCCUACAGCAGCCCAAGUGCUUUAAGCCGUUCCAUGCUGUAUAGUUUGCACACUCAUCCACGUGGAGGGGAAGGAGGAUAAGUGUUUCAAGGCAUUCGUUCUGCACUUUGCUGAGAAAAGCAAAGGGCCUUCUAUGAAGGAUAAAACUUGCAGAACGGGUAUGUGUGAGAGCAAAAAGAUACUGUAGAUCUUCAAAGAGCAUCUCCACAACCCACAGCCUUCUUCCCAAUAGUGUUAACUGCAUUUUUACAGCGUAGCAUGUGUGUAGUUUUUUGCUAUUACUGCUGUAUUAUUUGGGGGUGGGAGGGAUGGGGUAGGAAGAGAGAUGAGUAGGAUUGUUUUUAUUAAAAUUUGGGACCUGGUUGUGGAAAUGGUGAAACAAUGAAAAGAAGAAACUGCUAAUGAUUUGGUUUUGGUGUCCAGAAUAUCUUCUUUUUAAAAAAUGUAAUUGGCAAUUUAAUUGAGGACUCUAAGAGACUGUUUAAAAGCUGUGAAUGCCUGAAACUUACAGGCCAAGGUGUUCCCUGCCUGAGAUUAAUUCUGUUCCCAUCAAAAGACUAAACCAGUUGAUAAGUUACCAAAGCUGCCAUUUGGGGCCGGGGGUCAGGGAGGACGGACAUUAGUUGAGAAGGGAAAGUCUUUUAUUGGAGCAUAUAUAUACAGGCAGAUCGUUCUGUCUUAGAGGUGCUAAUUCUUAAAAUUGACAAGACCCUUUCUUUUCUAAUUAUGAAGCUAUAGAUAUUAGCUUGUCCAUCCAAGCUUCUGGCUGAGGUGUUUGGGGGGAGGCAAAGAGGAUGGUAUAGGAGGUGUGAGAGUAAAGAGAGGGCCCAUGUUUUAGGAUGGGAAAGCUCUUGGAGCCUCUCUGUUUUUUGAACUUUGAACUCUGAAACCAUUGGUGGCAGGGGUCAGUCACUGACAGCACAAGUUCAUUGAAUCACUUCAAGAGUUGGAUUAUUUCAAAAGCCCUGGUCUCACAAGAAGAUUAAACUUUCAUUUUCAUACUGGGGCAGUGGUUCACUUUAAAACACACACAAAAAAUUUUUUUAAUCCCAAGAAUUAACUGAUACCUAAAAUGCUGUCUUUACUCAUAAACUCCAUCAGUUAUUGAUAUCAUUCAGACCUACAUCUAGAACUUCAUUGUAAAAUCCUUUUCGGUAUGUGUUAGAUUUCUGUGAAAACGUUUUAAAUGUAAACUUCAUACAACACUGUCAGUUUUUGUUUUAAUAAAACUAUAGAUUUAUAAUC